AUUGGACAACCCCGGGAAAACAAGACCGGAAGAUCUAUAACGAAAGUACGUCUGGCUGUGUGUUUACGCAGCAUCCGACCAUAGAUACUUUGUAAAACUUCAGGACAGACAAAACAAACCCCCGCAUGGACGUCGUCGAACCACCCGUCGAGUUUAAACCAUGAAGCUCCGCGUCCGUAUCAACAAGCAGACCUACCGGGUGGAGCUGGAGGAGGGGUCCGACGGAGCCUCUCUAACGGAGCUCACCAUCCGGAUCCGGGAGGUGCUGCUGCCGUCGCAGGGUCUGAGUCCAGACACAGAGUUCACCCUGUCACUCAACGGCAAGGAGCCUCUGUCAGACUCGGGCCAGACUCUCUCCUCGGCUGGCAUCGUUUCUGGGGAUCUGAUCUGCGUGAUCCUGCCUCCGUCUCUGGCUCCGGCCCCGGGCUCAGCGCCCCCCGCCAGCGAACAGCAGGCGUGUGCCACGGCUCUCCAUGAGACCCAGCCUGGUCCGAGUAGGUCAACAACAACCACAACAACACCAACAACAUCCUCCAGACCAGACCGGAUGGACGAGGGCCCCGCUGACCCGGUGGCGGAGGGGGGUGCCGGCCCCACGGGGCCCCUCUGCACCCAGGAGCCCAUGCUGUGCAGCGAGGCGGAGGACGGCCAGGCCCCGCUGUCCCUGGAGCUUCUGCACCGGGGGGUCCGCGGCGGCGGACCCUGCGACCUGGUGCUGGUGGCCGCCCACGUGCUGAUGCUGGAGACGGGGUUCAUGCCGCAGGACAGUGGGCUCAGGGCUGGGGACAUGCCCGUCGGCUGGAGGUCCGCGGGCGGCGCCUAUAAGCUGCAGUACACCCACCCCCUGUGUGAGAACAGCCUGAUCAUGGUCAUAGGCCUGUCCAUGGGGCCGGUGCUGGUGAUCAAUGCAACUCUGAAGGUCAACGAGAAAGUCGACGCGGUGCGCAAGUUGUGUCUCGACCCCUCCACCUACGUGACGGACGUGGAGUCGGCUGAAGCCGGGGCCGCAGCGGUUUACAAGGCCCUGGCCAAGCUCUCCAGGACCUUCAAGGACCAGCUGGCGUACCCGUUGAUCGCAGCGGCCAGAGCAGCCAUGGCCCUGCCGCCGGCGUUCGGCCUGUGCGCGCUGCCGCCCGAGCUCCUUCUGCGGGUGCUGCGGCUGCUGGACGCGCCCGCCCUGGUGGCCCUGUCGGCCGCCAGCCGGAGGCUCCGGGGCGUGGCGGAGGACUCCACGCUCUGGAGACACCUCUACGUACGCGACUUCAGGGGUCAAAGCCCCUCCUCGUCCACGGAGACCGACUGGAAAGACCUCUACAAAAGGAAGUACCAGACACGCCAGCACUACCGACAGGCCGCCGCCCGCCGCCCGCCCCCCGCACUGCCCCCCCCCCCUCUGUACCCGGCGGUGCCCGGGUCCAACCCCUUCCACCCGCAGCCCUUCGCCCCGUACCCCCCGGGUAUCAUCGGCGGCGACUACGACCAGAGACCCGACUUCCCCCCGGGCAUGCUCCCAAGGCCGCGCUACGAUCCGCUGGGCCCCUUCUCAGGGGGCCUGGGGGGGCCCCCGGGAAUCAACCCGCCGGGGGUCGGGCCCUCGCGGCGGCGGGGGGGGCCGCCGGGGCCCAUCAGAGACAUCCGCCGGGGGUUCAUCUGAUGCUCGACGGGACCCCCCAUGGUGGCGGAUCGGCGGCCCUUUCAGCUUCACACUUGCUCCCGCUAGAGAAAAGGAUUAGAGCAAAGAUGGCCGCUGGGUGACGGAGGCCAAUGCGUGGAAAGAAAUGACCAAACUGAAUUAAAACCUUGAUGAGAGAAGUGUUUUGGUUCCCUGCGUGCAUCAACCUUUUUCAGUUGCUUUGCACAAUUUGUCCCCCCCAUCAAAAUCGGAGGUUAUAACUUUUUCUGCAACGCUUGACAGCUCAAGUGCUCAAACUGUUGUUGUGUCGCGGGGCUGUGCCUUGUUUUGCGUCAGGGCAGUUCCAUCUCUCAGCUCUCAGUUAAUUAAAUCAUCUCUGCUUAACGAUGUGACCCUUUGCCUUUGCGUAACGUGUAAUAUAACAUAUACAUAUUAUAUGUUAAAAAUAGAUGAUGGAUUGUAGUAUGGAACAGAGGUGUCACUCUGAAAAGCAUUAUUUUACCAAACACUAUGCAUUAAAAGAUUGCCGUUUGUUAUAAGUGA